GCAUGCACAUGUGCAUCUGAUUUUUACUCGGAUAAAAUUCUAUAUGUGUACCUUGACCAACAGGCAGUUCAUAAAAUAAUUGCAUUUGUGUAGAACACUGUGCUGUCAGCAUAUUCAGAUAUUUGUGGGUAUCUUUCAAGUGUGUACAACAUGUACACGGCCGGUGCAUGUACCGGUACAGUGUACAUGCAGAUAUCAUAGCUGUGCCAAAUGCAGAUUGGUCACAUCUAUCGCCAGCAGUGAGUGAAACAAAAGACCUGGGGGAUCGUUAUUACACACCGAGUGGACAGAGCCCAGCCCACCUACUGUACAUGUACCUUGUACAGCGAGGAAACAGCAGGCAGCAUCUGUGCACAGUACUGUGCACAUGUACGUGUAGGUUGGAGAGGGACUGUCUGUCGCCCUGGUGACGGUGAUGUCAUCAGUUGAAUCUUGGGUGGCGAUGAUGAUGAUGAGGCUGAUGAAGCUGGGGGGAUGAUAUGACGAUGCUGGUGUUGGUGGGUUGUGGUGAAGUGCAUUCAUGCAAGGAGUCUAUGUAUGAUCCGUGUCUACAUGUAGAUGAUCGCAUAUGGUACUGGGAUUCUCCACCAGUGUGUUGUGUGCAAGGCCGAGAUAUUACAGUUCUCUGCCUUAUUCAAAGUGUGUGGUUGUCAGAAACCUGAUUUCGGCAAGUCAUGGUGUAUACCCAUUGGAGUCUACAUGCAUUAUGAGUAUUGCUACCUCACAACUUGUCACCAGUAUUGUACAUGUACAUGUACUUUGCUAUAGUGCUGCACGUCGGUGAACAGAACUCCUAUAUAUUGAAGCUCAACCAUGCCUUUAAGCUCUGGAUCUCAAGCAAAAGAAAGUCAUUUUCUAGUAAUCGAUGCCGUAAUAACAUGGCACCAUCUCAACACGUCUGCGGAGUGUUAGAGCAGUGCAUUGAGGCAAACUCUAGAGAAGUGCACAGAACUGUUGACAGAGUUACAGAAGUGCAAUAUCAUUAGCCACAUGAUACCAUUGCCAGCAUGAGUGCCCGGGUUGACUGUGUGCUGUGACAAAACUCAGACUGUAGCCGGCAGGUUUGACUGUGCAUUUCAGUAGAUAUAUCCAGGUUGAGACAGAUAGCCAGAGCGACCAACAGACAUGGUUGUGCUGGAGUUACUGUCCAGAGUGAUGGCCCAGUCCAAGGGAGGGCCAGUAGUCCCAACUCUACUGAUGGUUGUUCUGAUGCAAGUUGGUGAGACAUUAGAGCAAACUGAAGCUGCACUUACGUACACCAAUGCUACGACCAGCGCCACCUCCCUUGCCACCACUCCGGAGUCAGACACGAAAUGCAGGAAGGGGCUCAUUCUGCCAAUAUGGCAGCCUGAAGACCCUGGACUAGGAGACAAGAUUGCACGGGCCAUUGUGUACUUUGCAGCAUUAUGCUUCAUGUUCCUAGGCGUUUCCAUUAUCGCCGAUCGCUUCAUGUCAGCCAUUGAGGUGAUCACGUCCAAGGAACGAGAGGUGACUGUCAAGAGACCAAACGGUGAAGUGCUGACGGUCAGCGUGAGAAUCUGGAACGAGACCGUGUCCAACCUGACUCUGAUGGCUCUUGGGUCCUCAGCUCCAGAGAUUCUGCUGUCCAUCAUUGAAGUAUGUGGAAAUAAAUUUCAAGCGGGGAGACUGGGACCCAGUACUAUUGUGGGCAGUGCUGCCUUCAAUCUUUUUGUGAUCAUUGCUGUUUGCGUGAGCGUCAUUCCAAAUGGGGAGGUUCGGCGAAUCAAGCAUCUGCGAGUCUUCAUGGUGACAGCAUCUGUCAGUUUGUUUGCUUACAUUUGGUUGUAUUUGAUUUUAGAAUGGAUAACCCCAGGUGUGAUUGAUCUCUGGGAGGCCAUAGUGACGCUCAUGAUGUUUCCCCUGACUGUGUUGUGGGCGUAUGUGGCUGAUAAGCGCAUUUUUUUUUACCGCUUUCUUCGGAAGAAGUACAAAGCCGAAAAAGUGGUCAGACGGGACUCAAGUCUACGUGCCGGUGCUGUCGAGCUUGGCAUUCCUGGCGAAGCCAAUGCCAAUCACUUCAACUUGAAUCACGACCAUGACGUGGAUUUCCACGGGAAGAAGAUGCUGGAUGCACUGGAUAGCGAUGUGAAGGACCUAGAGGAGACACGGAAGGAGACGGUACGACUGCUUCGGGAGCUCCGAGCGAAGCACCCAGAUGCAGACCUGCAGGCCCUGGAGCAGAUGGCUAAUUAUGAAGCCCUGAACCAACAGCAAAAGAGCAGGGCCUUCUACCGCAUCCAGGCCACGCGCAGGCUGUGCGGGGCCGGCAACAUCCUUAAGAAGACGCUGGAGAAGAACCGAGCCAGCAUCGCCGAGGUCAAGAUCGAGGUCCCCCAGGAGGACUCCUUUGCCCACAUUUUCUUUGAGCCGGCACAGUACACUGUCAUGGAGAAUGUAGGCAGCUUCAACAUCACCGUCACACGACAAGGUGGCAAUAUGACAAGCACCAUCUAUGUUGACUACCGCACGGAAGAUGCCACUGCCAAUGCUGGCUCUGACUACCAUUACGCUGAAGGCACCCUCAUCUUCAAGCCAGGGGAUACGCAGAAGGACAUCUCCCUGACCAUCAUCGACGAUGACAUCUUUGAGGAAGAUGAGCACUUCAUUGUCCGGCUAAGCAACGUUCGGGUCGGUGGGCCAGAUGGUAUGUUCCAUAGCAACCAGGAAGAACCUCAGGCCAAACUGGUGGAGCCCUACGUUGCCACGAUAACUAUCCUGGACGACGAUCACGCCGGGAUAUUCCAGUUUGAAGAGAAGGAGGUCAAGGCGUCAGAGUCAGUUGGUACUGCGCAGCUCAAGGUUGUCAGGUCAGCCGGGGCACGGGGCACUGUGCGUAUACCAUACCGUACUAUCGAGGGCACAGCCAAGGGAAAUGGCGUUGAUUACAUUGAUGUGGAAGGAGAGUUGGAGUUUGAGAAUGAUGAAACCUGGAAGUUUAUUGAGGUCACCAUCAUCGAUGAUGAAGAAUACGAAAAGGAGGAGAACUUCUAUGUGGAACUGGGUCAGCCCAAGCUCAUUAAAAGAGGAAAUGGGAAACCAGCCCGGGAUUUCUCAGCCAAGAGAGGAAAUCAUUGGACAACUUCAGGAUGCAAGGACGGGGGAAGUGACAAUGAAUCCUAUACCAGUGAGCAGGAUGACUCCUACAAGCUCAUGUCAGAGGAGGAUCGCAGGAUUGCCGACUUGGGUAAACCACAGCUUGGUGAAAUCACCAGACUGAAUGUCAAGAUUAUGGAGAGUACAGAGUUCAAGAACACUGUUGACAAGUUGAUCAAGAAAACUAAUGUUUCCUUGGUGGUUGGUACCUCUUCUUGGAGAGAGCAGUUUGUGGAGGCCCUCACAGUCAGUGCAGGUGAUGACGAUGAAGAUGGCGGUGAGGAGAAGCUGCCGUCAUGUGGCGACUAUGUCAUGCAUUUCCUGACCAUCUUCUGGAAGUUGUUGUUUGCCAUCGUGCCCCCUACUGACCUCCUGGGCGGCUAUGCCUGCUUUGUCUUCUCCAUCGUCGUGAUCGGCGUUCUGACGGCCUUCAUCGGCGACCUAGCUGAACACUUUGGCUGUACUAUUGGGCUGAAGGCCAGCGUGACUGCCAUCUCAUUUGUGGCACUAGGGACCAGCGUGCCAGACACUUUUGCGAGCAAGGUGGCUGCAGUUGGGGACAAACAUGCCGAUGCAUCUAUUGGUAACGUGACAGGUAGCAACGCAGUCAACGUGUUCCUAGGCAUUGGAGUCGCCUGGACCAUGGCGGCCAUUGCUAACCAUAAUGAACCCCAUGGUUUUGAGGUAGAUCCUGGAGCACUGGGCUUUUCCGUGAUGCUGUUCACUAUCCUAGCCGUCGUGGCCAUCAUUACGCUGAUGGUGCGGCGCAAGUCGGCGGUCAUUGCUGGCGAGCUUGGGGGACCCUCGACCAUCAAAUGGAUAACCAGUGGUGGCUUUUUCCUACUGUGGCUGGUGUACGUCAUCCUGUGUAGCCUGGUAGCCUAUGAUGUUAUCAUCUGGACGAGUAAGGGGUAGCAGGCAACCUGGCAGUGGUAGUUUGCCAUUUUAAAAAUGCCUGGUCCUUGUUGAAGGGAAUCACAACGGAAUGAGUGCAUGCUUCGGGGCACACUUGGAAAAGAUUUUUGGGUUGAGGAUGAUAUCAAGAUUUAGGCUGUUCUGGAAAGAGGGCAAUAGUUUCAUAUAUGAUGCCUUGCCUGACAAAGGUGUGACGGCGUCAAAGAGGUAAUCAGAACCAAUAUCUGUUUAUUGUGAGGUAAAGAACGAAACUAGGACGCUCAGGAUGCUGUGACCAGUGUGGAUCAACCACGCUCCAAUUAUAGCCUGAUUCAUUAAUGAAGCUUUAAAAGUACUCUGUGUUCAAGAGCUGCCAUAUGAUUUCAGAUAAAAUCACAAAACAAAAUCACUUGUUAUUGAGGUAGUGGCCAGGCAAACAUUUUCAAGAUUUACUUGUUGAGUAACUGUAGCUUUGGAGAGGUCAUCCUAUGCAGGGUUCAACUGCUGGUAUGCAACAUUUCUCUCCCCCUCCCCCCGACAUGGUUGAGAUGUCAGACCUUCCUGAGUGCGUACAUGUAGUCUGCAAAGUUUUCUCCCAUUAUUAUUAAGGGACUGUUAUCAAAACCAAUGUAAACUCAAAUUAGCCAUGAUUGUGUGUAUGAGCAUAUGGGAUCAUAAGCAAGAGUGACGAGUUCGUUUAUGAUUGUUGCCAAACAGUUCCAAGUUGUUCUGAGCGACAACAAAGCUUCUUUCUUAGGAAUAUGUGUACAUGUAUACUCGACAAAUUUACUGCAUCAGAGGAUUCACCGAAUUGAGAAGAAACUCCCUUUUUUUUCCCUCUUGUGCAAUUUUGUAUCAUAAGAACCACCAUGGUCAUUUGUGAAAGCAACAUCCAGGUCAUCUGGUUAAAAAGGUCAAAUACAGUACAGCAUCAGAGCUUUUUGUGGGAGUCGGAGGGAUUUUUCUGUGGAUGUAAAGAUCAGUAGAUCUUCUGACCUGAUAAAUGAAUUAGGUGGACUCACAGACAGUGAUCCAAUUAUCAGCUUGCCAGCAACAAAUAAAUUAUUUCCUUUUGCAUCCUUGCUUACCACAUGUUUCAAUAUCAUGGCGGUAUGUCAUGCCAACUCAGCCGCCGAUUGAUACAUGCUGGUUGAAGGUAUGAAGGUUUCUGCCAUCCUCUGUGGCUACUUUUUAAAUUAUUUAAAUGCAAUUCUACUAUUUGCAAAAUGAUUUAUUUCAGACAUUGUUUAAGGUUUGUUGCUAUAGAUAUAGCGCUGUGUGCAAUAGCAUCAAGUCAUUACUGUACAUGUAAGUAUAAACUUAACAGUUGCCAUAUUAAGUUAUUUAUUUUAGCUGUGUUGUUUAUAGAAUAUUCAUCAUUUGUUCAACAUUUCUGAAUUUGGUCAUGUGAAAAAGUUUCACACGGUGCAGCAAAGAACCAGUACUUGUUUGGUUUAUCUUAUUUAUUACAAUAGUGGUACGGUAUAUAACAUGCAGUUUUGGAGUAGCUUCCUUGUAAAUAACAUUCAUUCAUGAGAUAAUACUGUAUUUAACGAGGUGUGCUUGUAAAACUGAGUGUAUUUUAGGGGCAAUAUUUUGCAUUAAGCACCAUUGCAGCUUUGUCUUUGUUUACCAGUCUCUGUGCAACAAUGUUAGAAAGCAGUAAUCAGUGUAAAAUGUAAGGUGGUAACUUAGUUUUUUAUUUUGUUUGUUUGUGUUUUUUUUUUUGGCAAAUUUUUGUUUGGUUUGGUUAUCAGGUUUUGAACACCGUGUUUCAUUUGACAUACUAUAUCAGACUCUUGUGCGUGAUCGUUUUUGUUCGUCACAAACAGGUGUUUGGGGUGUUUUUUUUUUCAUCAACAAGGUUAAAUUAAGAGGGUAAACUCCACAGCCAUGUGAUACAUUCCCUAGAGCUUAAUGCUGGCAUCAGCUAAUGUGCAUUGUGCUGGAAAUUAGGCUCGUUAUGACAACUGUAUCAGGUUGCUAUGGUUGCGCUCACCGACAAUUGUCUGCUCUCGAAUUGCUCCCUGCAUGUAGCCUGAUUAGAUGUAAUUAAUUUACACUAAGUGCGUACAUCUAACAUAAUGCAUAGUUUAUUCAAACAGAAUUUUAGUUUCAACUCUCCUUCCAUUGAUACAUGUUGACGUGUGAAAGGAAUAACUCUGCAUUCUUAGGUCGUGUUUGUAUGAGAAUUUCUCUGCCUGCAGAGCUUUAUCAAAGAAUGUCCAAUUUCUAAGCAUUAUUGGAAGGAGAAUUACAUCAACAUAUUUAUGACUUAGUUUGGGCCGUGCAAGUGUAUUCAAAGAGAUGUAUUUUGGGGUUACCUGAUGUUUUGAGUUUAUGUUGAAUCCAAGUGUCUUGUCAGUGCUUGUCAGUUUGUUCCUGUUGUUUUGUUAUUGUUUCGAUGAUUUUUUUCAAAUUUGGUCCAUCGACCGUCAGGAUUCCAUGACACCAAGCUGUGGCCAUGAAUGGAUUCUGUCGGGGUUUACUGAAAUAACUACUGCUUCAGUGAUGUUUUAACUUUGUUUUUCCUUAUUCGAGUGUGGCAUUUUUCCAUUAACCUUGAAGAAAUCUGUGUUCCAGAAUGUGUGCUUUAGCAGAUGCGGCUUCAUUGCGUACUGUGUGUAAUUUUACAGCAGCCUAGGGAGUGCAAUAUUGUCACAAUGGACUCAAACGAAAAACAUUGAUCUUUUUCUUUUUCCCCUGAUUAAGGAUGAUUUGAUACACGUUUUUCUGAUUCGGUUAUGUUCAGCUGGAUAACACAGUGCAGCAUGUACAUGUACUUGCGAAUGUGCAAAACAUGUGCAACAACAAACAAAAAUGAAGAAGCUUUUUGGUGGAACAUUUCACACGUUAAGUUAGCAGCACGUACAUGUGACUUGAUCUAAUAUAAAUAAAUUUUGAUAAAACGUUGAGUUACAGGGACCUUUUUAUAAAAAGUGUUUGAUCCUGCUCAACAAAAUCUGAGUGAAACCAUAUUGAGCAGGGUUGACUUUCCAUAUACUGUAAAAUGUUGUGUUUCCUCAUCAUGUCUGCAGCUGCUUUGGUUUCUCAGUUUUUCCUGCAGAGGCAGCUUGUACAGUGUACUUUACCAAUUUUUCAAACUUUGUGGCUCUAAUUCUGUAUAUAACUUAAUAACGGUGUGUUGCCAAGUCUUCAAUAAUCAAUAUUUAUUGACAAACUUUUUCAAGCUAAUUUCUGAGUGUUGUACGCUGUAUAUGACGUAGAAUUAGGAAUGCAGCAAUCUAGUAAACCAAAAUUAUUCAAACAGUAACAAGUCGUUUGUAUGUGGGUGAAAAAUGGCUACAGGUAAGACAGGUCAUUGUGGCACUCUGUGUGUGUUCUUGGAAAAUGUUCCAAACAUUUGGAGGGUAUAUUCUUCACUAAGCGUAUCUAAAAGACAUUUCAAUGGCAGACUUGGAUUUGUGUAGCACAGUGCAUACUGAAAGCUUGUUUCCUUAUAAUCUUUGGUCAAGACAUCUUUCUCAUGGCAUUGGGUUAUUUCACACAUCAACAAUGUCUUGACCCAAGACUUGUUUCCCCGCUACGACCAGAGGCAUUUGUCAAGGCUGCGUCAGUUCCAUUUGUGGUACUGUAAAUGUUGGCUCAAUCUGGCUGUGAUGGUGACCAGAUGUUUAAUGCUAAAAACCACUUCUUGGAUCUAUGUCGAACAUCGAAAGAAAUGGUAGUAUUAAUGAGAUUCACAAUUCUGUACACUGAAAAAAAUCUGUUUUUCUCCUGUACGAAAAGCCUCAAAUAACCCCGUACUCUCAAGUCAGUUUAGUGAUGUACUCACUUCUGCUACUCCAUACGUCUUUCAUGUAGGCACUUGACAAUAAACAUUGCUGCUCAGUUUUUUAAUUGCAUUUCCCUGUACAAAACCUGCAGCCUACCUGGGUACUUGGGGUGAAAGGAACAUAAAUGUACCACUUCAGCUUUUACUGAUAUGAAAAGUUUCCCUUCCUUCUCCUAAAUUAAAAAAAAAUUCCCCAUCAUGAUCGUAAAAUGGUGUCUGAACCCGUAUUUAAAAUUCAGGGGGAAAAAGAUAUAAAGGAAUCGUCUUUGCCCCGGCCGAAACUGUUCUGUAUUCACUGACGUCUCACAAUUGGCAGAGAGUAUUAUGACUAUCGACUACAGAGGCAUCUAACACGCAGUGGGCAAAAUAACUAAAUGAGUAAACGACUGCAUUACAUCGAAGCCAUCUGCAACAAAACUGACCAACUGCACCACAAAUUUGACUACAUUUGGUGUCCAAAAACAAUUCAUGCACAAUGCUUGAUUAAAAUGUUUCAGAAACAAACUUUGAAAGCGCCAUCACAAAUGCUCAUUUGUCGUGGGGCUUUGUUUUAGCCUGAGGUUAUUUGGGGGGUGGGGUCUUUUUAAAAAAAUUAUUUGAAUAUUAAACACUGACAAUCUGCCCGUAAAACCUCAUGCUUUGAAAUUCUCAACUGGAAAUAAACUUGCCUCUGAUUCUCUUUUUAAAUUAAAAAAAUCCUUUUAACGAUUUGAUGGAACUAUUAAUCCCUUUUCCUGAAACUUCAUCUGCAAAUCAAUUAAAAAUCUAUUUACAAGUUAUACACAUUUCAAGAUUUUCCUUGUGCAAAUUGAAAAUACCAUUGUCUAUGCCCCUUACAUGUUGAAAAAUUUGAUUACAUUUAAAUUUAUACUCCUAUCUAAUCCCCAGUAGAGUUGUUAUGCGUGUAUUAUAUAUUAUUUAUUCUAAUGUUCACAAAUUAUUGUUCUGUAUAUUCCAUGUGUAGCAGUGAAGUAUCUUUGAGUUCUAAAAACUGCCACAUAUUCUAUUCAUUCCAGGACUGUUUUGUACUCCUAUUCAGAAGUAAAAGAAAAAAUCUGUACUUUUGUAUUACCUUUAAAGAGUGAAUUUCCAACUUUAGUACCGCAUGGGCCACACCAAAAUCUUGUGUCUAGGGCUAGGUCAUUUGCAAAUACGUUGGCACAUGCUGGCAGUAGACUUAGCCAUUGGGUUGGAGGUCUGUUUCAGACAUGGCAUAAUCACUCGGUGCAGAAAAGCUGUGGGCAUUACAGAACGACAUGUUGGAAGUACAUACAUAGUAUCAGAUUGCAGCCUAUCUCUAUGGGCAAGACAGUGAUUAUAUAUGUCUGGUUUUGUUGCGUUUCAAUUUGUACCAUCUGUUAUCAGUGUAUAAUUCCUACUACUCAACUAUGCCAAUUUAUGAACCGGUGGAAUCACCGACAAUCCACAGGGAAGUUAAUUGCAGGUGUUACCGAUGGUUACGAAAACAAAAUUACACCACAGUAUAGGCAGGUGUUACCAGUGGUUAUGCAAAAUGCACCCCUGUACAGGCCACCAACAAUCAUGUAAUCCAAACCAACGUUUGUGAGAGGAUCAGAGUACAGGGUUUUGGGAUCUGUUAAAUUUGGCAUAACACAGGUAAAAUAAGAAUGGCAUUAAAAUUCAGAAAGGAGUAUAUAGGUUUGUUUGCUGUCCCUGCAUCAGUGCACAUGCAAGCAAAACAGUAAUUGUAACCAGCAGAUGUGAUGUGGGCCAAAUAUGUCAUGAAGCUGUUCGGCAGAAAGUUUGGCUCGGCAGUUUGAUUUGACUAAGUGUAAAACAAGACAGAAACCAGUCAUCAUACUAUGCAUCCUGAUGGUUUCUGGUGACCAGAUCUUGUUGCGCACAUAUUACGAGAGCUUGACUAAGUCUUACAUUUUGCCUGUUCAUUAAAUUGUUUUCUAAUCAUUAAAUUGUUUUCUAAUUUAUGUUACCUUGUUACCAAUUCACUUACUCAAAAAAUGUUUGGUAUUGAAAGAGGGAACUCCACAAAUGUAUUUAGAUAUAUGCCGACAUAUUUGCCAGUAUAUGAGAUAAAUAUAAAUAUGAUACAAAUAGUUUUUAGUCCUAUGAAUUAACUUUAGUCCAAGUUGGUUUACAUAUUUGUGCAGAAAUUUGGAAAAUUAUUGAAAAUGGACAGUUGAUUUGGUGGUUUUUGCUGUUUUACUAGAUAUACCUCAAUUAAUCUAUGAAUGACUUCUGAAAAUCACGGCAGCUUUAACAGCCGAAAAUGAUUUUCUGUUUUGUAAAAUAGCCAGUGAUUUCUUAUUUGUUUAGUAGCCUUUCGAAAAUGGCUAUUAACUUUGGUGUAAUGGCAAUAAGAUAUUGAGUAUCUGCUGACUGUGUAGAGAAAUUUUUGACAUCCAUGGGGGGCUUGUCCAUAAAUAAGGCAAUGCAACAGUGAUUUGAUUUCUGCAUAAGAAAGUUGUGCAGUGCUUGAAACUUUAAUGGAUAAAGACACUUCUUCAACAAACUUGGCUCUCAAUAUCUCCUCAUUCCUACUGAACAGCAGUCUUGGGGGUGGUAACAAAAUUUUUGGGGGGGUUCAAGAGGUUCUUGCUCAACCUCUUUUUGAAAACUUUAGAUUUCAGGACAAUGAAAAAUAUUCUUGAAUUUUAAUACUUUCAGGCUCCAAAAUGUUGGGUGGGUCAUAUGAAAGCUUAAAUCAUCAGUCAACUUUCUGCAACAGUACACAUAUAAACACUUGGUCUAUUCACUUGUCACUGAAAGGAUGUUAUCUUACAUCCAUUUCAGUUCCGUGCCCUCGUCUUUACAUACAAGUCCAAGGAUGCCUUGCACUAUGCAAUCUUGCAGACAUAAAGAAUCAUUUUGCAUUGGAUUUUGGUGACUUGCUUUCCAUGUUGUUGUCUCUUCCUUGCUUUUUGCUUUUAGCAAGAGAUGUGCAGUGAAUAGAAUUGUAUAUUUUGAUGUGACAUGACAUCUUUCUUUUCUCUGAAAGUAAAUGUAACUAAGUUUGGAAAAUUCUUGAUUCUGAAACUGAAAAAAAGAAAAUCUUAGGAAUUAUGUUGAUACAAUGUAGCAAGAAUUAGUCUAUCACUGCAACUAAGAACAGCAACACUUUUAUAAAAAAGUUUGCAACAAUUUGUGCCGAUAAAUGAUAUAUAGGUCUGUAGCCCAUGUCAUUGCUGUCACAUAUAUGUUGGUGGCAGGGAUGAUUUGCUCUGAAUUUCUCCUUUGGUAAGCAUUGAUGUUUCAAAAUCAUUUGUAAUAAAGUAUGCAAAUGGAAACAUGUCUGGCUGCCACUUCAAGU